AUGUUAGGACAAAUAAUUAUUCUAUUACUAGUGAUUUUUUCUAAUUCUAUUCAUGCAAUUAGUAAAGGUGAUUUACUUGUCGUUUCGGUCGCUACAAACGAAACAGAUGGUUAUCAACGUUUUAUUCGUUCAUUAAAUAUUUAUGGAUAUAAAUAUGAGAUCUAUGGGCUUGGUCAACAAUGGAAAGGUGGUAAUAUGAAACAUUCAGCAGGUGGUGGUCAAAAAAUCAAUCUUCUUCGAGAAAAUUUAGUUCGUUACAAAGAUGAUAAAACUAAAAUAAUACUUUUUUCGGAUUCAUACGAUGUUAUAUUUACUCAAGUACCGGAAUUUAUUUUGGAUAAAUUUCAAGCAUUUAAACCAGCUCGAAUUGUUUUCGGUGCAGAAGAUUUCUGUUGGCCUGAUAAAGAUUUACAAUAUGCUUAUCCAUUAGUUGAAAGUAAUGAAAAACGUUUCUUGAAUUCAGGUGGUUUUAUUGGUUAUGCAUCGGAUAUAUAUGAAAUGAUUUCAAGUAAAGAAAAAAUUGCUGAUGAUGACGAUGAUCAAUUAUUUUAUACAAAGAUUUUUCUUGAUGAAUUUAGUCGAACAAAAUGGUCAAUUGUACUUGAUAAACGUGCUGAUAUUUUUAUGAAUUUAAAUGGUGCUAUUGAUGAAAUACAAUUGCCGGUUCUCAAUGACGAAAAUUAUGUACAUAAUUCAUGGACUGAUUCAGUUCCGACUGUUAUUCAUGGAAAUGGACCUGCAAAAAGAGGUUUGAAUUAUUUGAGUAAUUAUAUUGCUCGUGUAUGGUCACCGACUAAAGGUUGUUUACAAUGUAAAGAAAAUCUAAUAGAUUUAAAUCAAAUUACAGAUCAUCAACAAUGGCCAAUGGUUUAUAUUGCUAUAUUUAUUGAAUAUCCAACACCAUUUCUUCGAGAAUAUUUUGAUAAAAUAUUAAAUUUAACUUAUCCAAAGAAUCGAUUAGGUGUUUUUAUUCAUAAUCAAGUUGAAUAUCAUAAAGAACUCACCGAAAAAUAUAUGACUAAAUUCAAAGAAAAUGAUUAUCAAUUUGUCAAAUAUUUCCAUCAUGAUGAUGAUAUAACCGAAGGUGAAGCUCGUCAACAAGCUAUUACUGAAUGUCAAGAAAAUAAAUGUGAUUAUCUAUUUGUAAUUGAUUCUAUUGUUCAACUUGAUAAUUCUGAUACAUUAAUGAAAUUAAUUUCACUUAAUCGUUCUGUUAUUUCUCCGAUGCUUUUACGACCUGAAAAAACAUGGAGUAAUUUUUGGGGAGAUUAUACAGAUGAAGGAUUUUAUAAACGAUCAUCGGAUUAUCUUGAUAUUAUUAAUAAUAGUAAAACAGGUAUAUUUAAUGUUCCACAUAUUGCACAUUGUUAUUUAAUAAAUGGAAGUUUAUUGAAAAGUUUUACACCGCAAUAUAUUGAUAUGAGAACUGAUCCUGAUCUUAAAUUUUGUCAAUCAUUACGAGAUGAUGGCCAUUUUAUAUAUUUAACUAAUGAAAUUAAAUAUGGACAUUUAAUUGAUCCAGAUAAUUUCAACACAUCAUUGAUUAUACCUGAACUUUAUGAAGUUUUUAGCAAUCUCCACGAUUGGAAAGCGCGUUAUAUUCAUCCAGAUUAUUAUAAAGCUCUUGAACCAAAUACAACACUUCAAGAACCAUGUACUGAUGUGUUUUGGUUUCCAAUGGUGACUGAAGCAUUUACUCGCGAUUUAGUAGAACUCAUGGAAAAAUUCAAUGGAUGGUCUGGAUCUGCUCAUAAUGAUCACCGCUUAUCUGGUGGUUAUGAAAAUGUUCCUACAGAUGAUAUUCAUAUGACACAAGUCGAUUUUAAUGAGCAUUGGUUAUUUAUUCUACGUGAAUUUGUUCAACCAAUUCAACAAAAACUUUACACUGGUUAUUAUAGUGAUCCUCCAAAAGCUGCACUUAAUUUCGUUGUUCGAUAUAUGCCGGAAUAUCAAUAUAAACUUCGACCACAUCAUGAUGCAUCAACAUAUACAAUUAAUUUAGCUUUGAAUGAUGUUGGAAAAGAUUAUGAAGGUGGUGGUUGUCGAUUUCUUCGUUAUAAUUGUUCAAUGGCAUCAACUAUUCGUGGUUGGGCAUUGAUACAUCCUGGACGUUUAACUCAUUUACAUGAAGGUUUACCAGUAAUAAAAGGAAAAAGAUAUAUUAUGGUAUCAUUUAUUGAUCCAUAA